UAUAGAAUGAGGUUUGUACUUACUACGAGUAUAACCAAUCACGAAACAAUCGUAGUUAAUAAACUAUUAAAUUAACGUGAAAACUAUAAGCUUUUCUAGACUAGAUAAACUUAUUGAAAAAAAAACAAUCGGCAACUAAGUCUACACUUAUACAUCCUAUUUACACAAUUUUGAACAUCUACUCAUCUUGGAAAAUGUUGGACGUAGCUUACAACUUAUAUGAAUGAGACGGACAGAAGCACAAAGGGAGAGAAAUAAGGAAAUGAGAUGAGAAGGUGAGAGGAGGGAGCGCCUUGAUGAGGAGCUUACUAUUUGGGCUGAAAACGUACCAGCAUUUCAAAAACAUUGCUCAACCAAAGCCAUUAAACAAAAAUCUUUAAGACAAACUUUUACAAACGUCAAAUAAGUGUAAUAAAAAAGAUUGCAUGUGUGUUGUAUUACUGAAAAUUAGUGUCGAAUUGUAAUGUAACGAGUUUGCUAUCACAUUAGCAAAUAAUACGGACCAAUGGCAUCUUCGGUAGGAAAUCUGUGAGCAUACGGCACGGCUUGCUAGUCUGCUCAGUGCGAGUACAGCUGGCGCCUGAUGUGUAGCUCACAACUGCUCGAGUAUACGACAGUAGUGAUGGAGAGUCAAGUGAAAAACAUCAAGUGGAAAAGUGUCACUUGUUACCCUUUUUGAGUGCAGUGUACAGGAUAUAGGAAAAUGGAUUGCAGAUAUAAAAGUAAACAUAGUGCCUAAUUGUUUAAAUUGUGAUACGAAAAUUAUAGCCAAAUUUUUCGUGAAGGUUAAGCCAGCCGUCUUACUCUAAUAGAUUGUACAAACAUCAUAUGUGCUAAGUAGGCUGACGCGGGCCGCUGUGCCCCCUGUGCCUGCUCGCCCACACUAACAUCACAGCAAACUUCUAUCACCUAAGAGCUGGAUUUCUCAAAAAGGCGGUCUGUUACGAGACAUGUUCGUUGGCCAUUACCUGUGGCUGCUGUUAUGCUACGCGCAGUAUUCGCGGAGCACCCUGCUCGACGAGUACAAGGAUAUCACCAACAACGUGCUGUCACCGCCAGAGGACGCUGCCGUCGCCCUGCCGGUGCAGCUCGCUGUAGACAAGACCUCUGGCUGUCUGUGCAGGACUAACAACAAUCUUAAGAUCAUCGUAUGCUUCGGAAAUUACGAAUGUAAACGCUUCCCUAAGGUAAGCAUCCGGAGUGAUCUCCUCCGGGUUAUAACGACGGUGAUCACUGAGAUACGAGUGGGAGAACUCGACGUCUUCCAGCACCUGGUAGUUCUCCAGAUUGAAGCCAACCAUAGGCUCAAGUAUCUGGAGCCUGGAAUCUUCCGCAACCUGACGAACCUCAAACAGUUAUCAAUAUCCUAUAACACGAGGCUAAACACAUUACAUAAACACACGUUCGAGGGUCUCAAAAACCUUCGCAAUUUGACUCUAGUCAACAACGGCUUUACAAAUAUUUUAGACUUAACCCCCGCAUUCAAACCAACAAUUUUACCAGCACUAAGAAGUUUAGAUUUGUCACAAAAUUCUUUAGAAAGAAUACCGGAAACCACUUUCCAUGUUAUGAGAGGAACGUCGCUAAAAAGACUCGAAAUUAAUCUAUGCAGGUUGGAAUUUAUACAUCCUAAUAGUUUUGAGCCAUUAUUAAUGUUAAAAGAAUUGAUAAUAGGCGAAAACGACCUCAAUUCAAGUUUGAUUGGAAACUUAUUAACAAAAAUGAUAGAGAAGGAUAUAAAUUUAAUCCAUCUCGACUUAUCUGGGAUGGGUUUCCGUAAACAGCCGCCGAGAGCUUUGUUAAAUAUCAUCGCAAACUCGACCGUAGAGAGACUUAUCCUUGCUGAAAAUCAAUUCGAGAUAAUCACCGACGACUCAUUUCCUGCAAUGGUCAACUUGGAAGUAUUGGAUCUGAGGAAGGUGCUAGCAAUAUCGAUAGGCCCGAACGCCUUUGAACCUUUAAAAUUUCCAAACCUACGUGUCCUACUAUUAGGCGGUAAUAAUUUGCCUGGAAUACACCAAAAACAUAUUUCAAAUCAGCAAUUGUUACUUCUAGAUUUGUCUUCAAAUAAAGGUAGCUCCAUCAGUCCAAUGUAUUAUGAAAUCGACAGAGAUGCUUUUACAUACUGCAAAAGGCUGCAAGUACUGAACCUAGCAUACAAUAGAAUUAAAUCAGUAUUUGACUACACUUUCCGUGGUUUGGAUAACCUGAAAAUUUUAAGUAUGGAAAAUGGAACCUUGUACCAUAUCGGAGAUAAAACUUUUGAACCGAUGAGACAUUUGGAAAUGCUCAACCUGGCCAACAACCCCCUCACGGCAAAUGAAAACUUAACUAGUGUUCAGUUUGAAGGUUUGAAUGAGUUAAAAAUAUUGAUUCUCACAAAUUGUGGCAUCAAACGUCUCUACGACGAGGAUAACAUAUUUGAAAUGAUGCCAAACCUGACGCAUUUAAUUCUAAGAAACAAUCAGAUGUAUUAUAUAACGGCCGAAACACUAAAACCAUUAAAGAAUCUGCAGGUGCUAGACUUAAGCGAGAAUCUUUUGAUAUCGUGGUGGAAAUCGCUGUUUCUAGCGGCUGGGGUUCGCCCGCUUAAUCUUUACUUGACUAACAAUAAAGCGUUCUUCGCUGCCUCGCGCUUCCAAUGCAGCAGCCCUGACGUGUGGGAAGACCGCCGCGUCGCGGAGUACCUCUCCUCCAUCAAGACGCUACGCUGUCUCAUGUACGAGAAGAUCUCCAACGUGAUGUUCCUCAUAUGGACAGCCCCCUCGAUCGUAACUAUACUCCUGUUUGGGUUACUUCUAGUGGGGAUAUAUAAGUAUAGGAUUUAUAUAAGGUACUGGAUGUUCCUGGCUAAAAUCGCAGUUGGCAGGAAAUUUAUAAGGAAAUCGUUGAAGGCGGAGACUUUGCCCAGUAAUGGGUACAGGUUCGACGCGUUUGUGUCGUACUGCAACGAUGAUAGGGAGUUUGUCGCAGAGAUGAUCAGCCAGUUGGAGACGACGCCACCGUACCUAAAACUGUGUAUAUAUGAGCGGGACUUCGAGAUAGGUUCGUUCAUUUCCGAGUCAAUAUUAAAUAGUAUUAGUCAGAGUAAGUAUAUAGUUUUAAUUAUAAGUAAUAGCUUCGCGAAAUCCCAGUGGUGUCGUUGGGAGACGCAGCUCGCGGAGUACCACAGACUGUUUCUAGAGGACGGCACGCCGUACGACCCGCUGGUGCUCAUCAGGGUGGGCGAGGUGGACAACAAGUAUAUGACAACGACGCUCAAAUAUCUGCUCAAGACGAAGAUCUACCACUCCUGGGACGACAGCCAACCCGAGAGGUUUUGGAGGAAGUUAAGAGAUACUUUAGCAAGGAAUAUUUAG